GGAUAAACUGUAAUCGAAAGUGACGAGGAACGAGUUAAUCGUGUCAGCGAUACAGGCGCUUGCCACGCGCCUCUACGUCUUCUAAUAAAUUGCAUCAAGAUAUUCGUUAAGACUAGGAAGAAGACGAUUACCAUUUCGCAAAAAUAACACUGUAUAGUUCUUUUCGAAUCGAAAUUUAAAUUAAACGAAUUUACAUUGAAUAACAGGUUUAAAGCUAUCGUUUCGUAAUUAUCGACCGAAUCAGCUGAAUACAUUAUUUUGCACAGAGACUAAUUGAUUUGCAAAAAAUAAUUUCCAUGAUAUCGCACAGAACGAUCAGUCGAAAAGAUCGACUGUAAAUAAACUUGAAGUAGUUGUGCAUCUUGUUUUCAACGAUACACAAUCUCUAUUUGGAGAGGCUUAAAAGGAAUUACCUUAAAAAACUAAGCAAAAAGAAGAUCCUAAUAUAUGGGGUGAGCAUCGCUAUAAUUUUAGCCGUGGUCUUAGCGAUAAUAAUCGUUUUACUCGCUAACAAUUCAGCAAAUGGAGAGGGUUCGGACAGUAACUCGUACAGCGGUACUUAUAAACAGGGAGCGGUAUCGACAAACGGGCAGGAAUGCGCCCAAAUCGGUGCGGAUAUGCUUAUCAGGGGCGGCUCAGCCGUGGAUGCAGCGAUAGCUGCGCUUCUGUGCGAGGGAGUCGCCUCUUUGCACAGUAUGGGAUUAGGUGGUGGAUUUUUAAUGACAAUUUGGGAUGGAAAGAAGGCGAGUUAUUUGGACGCGCGUGAAACGGCCCCGUCCAAGGCGGACAAAGACAUGUUCCAAGGUGACUCAAAAUUAUCACUGCGCGGCGGUUUAGCGGUUGCUGUGCCUGGCGAACUCCUCGGUUACUGGGAAGCACAUCGAAGAUACGGGAAACUACCGUGGUCCGAAUUGUUCGAACCUACCAUUUCUCUAUGCCACAAUGGAUCGCGCAUAAACAAUUACCUGGCUAAUUAUUUGAAGAGCAAGGAACCAUUGAUUAAAGAGGAAGAAUCUUUGGCAGAGAUUCUUAUAAAUCCUGCUACCAAUUCAACCUGGAAGGUAGACGAUAGAAUAAAAAGGCCACGUUUAGCGGAGACGUUGAAAUUGAUCGCGAGGCACGGACCAAAUAUAUUUUACAACGGCGUUAUAGGGGACAUUUUGGUCGAGGAGUUAAAGGCCUUCAAUGGAAUCAUCGAGAAGGAAGAUUUACAAAAUUACAGAGUAAAAUGGAUGGACCCUAUCGAAUCCAAGGUUGGAAAUUUGAUCAUGUACACUGCACCGCCACCGGGCUCGGGGGCGAUUUUAACCUUCAUUAUGAACGUGCUGAACGGUUUGGUACCGAACAAGGAUGUUCGGGUGAUGUGGCAAUAUUUCGUGGAAACAUUUAAAUGGGCUUACGCCAGGAGGACAGAGUUGGGUGAUCCCGCUUACGUUAACGUUACUUCUGUACUUAACAACUUGACGUCUACCGAGUAUGCUAACACGAUACGAAGAAAAAUAAAAAGCGAUAAAACGAGUAACGAUCCAAAGUAUUACGGCGCUGUCACGGCUUUGCGCGAAGAUCACGGAACAUGUCACGUUUCCGUUUUGGCCCCUGACGGUUCCGCUGUGUCCGUAACAUCCACCAUAAACCAGGUUUUCGGCGCGAUGAUACGUUCACGAAAGACUGGAAUAAUAUUCAACGAUGAAAUGGAUGACUUUAGUUCACCGAACGUAACCAAUGGCUUCGAUCUACCUCCUUCGCCGGCGAAUUUUAUUCAACCUGGGAAAAGGCCGCUGAGUUCUAUGAGCCCAGCGAUAGUUGUAGAUGAAAGCGGAAAUGUUCGUUUGGUAAUCGGUGCCGCGGGCGGCGCAAAAAUUACGACAGCAGUCGCAACGGGAAUGGCAUUAAAUCUUUGGUCAGGAUACAGUAUAAAAGAGGCGAUCGACGCGAACAGAAUUCAUCAUCAGCUAAUUCCAAUGGCUGUUCAAACCGAGAAAGGCUUUGCUCCAGACGUGUUACAAUAUUUAUCUAGCAUCGGUCAUAACGUUACCACUUUCUCAGGAAUUGGAAGCGCUGUCACAGCAGUAACCAGAGAAAAUGGAAAGAUAUUUGCUAGCUCGGAUCCUCGCAGAGAAGGAAGAACUGCAGGCUUUUAAACGAUCGUUAAUUAUUAUUGAUGGACGAAACGAAACGCAUGAGCGAAACGAAUCAGGAUAGAGGACCGACGUUCUGUCCUUAAUUAGUUUAUGCGAGAUACCAUAUCAACCAGCAAUGUUAAGUAGUAAGACUCCAAUGAGAGAUUACUGAAGAAUGUGGCGGUACAAUUUUACACGCCCAGUUGGAAAUUACAGAGUGACCUUUUCAUGUCUGUUUAAUAAACAUUUCAAAAAGUAUUAAUAGAAUAGGAACAAUAUAGAGAUGUUAAUGAUUACUAAUAGAAUAGAUGUACGUUGUUUUAAACGUAACAUUAGGUUCAAUUGUUGAAUUUGUUAUUACAUUAUUUCGUGUAUUUAACUUUUUAAUAAAUAUUUCUAGAAAAGGAAACAGUUAUAAAAAAAAAAUGUAUUUAAAAUAAGAGAUCUAUAAAUAAAUGUAAUACUUUGAGUAUACUUCAUACCGUUGCUUGAUCUUUCCACGUUUGUAUUAACAUGCUCAUCAAAUGUCAUCGAUACGAGAAUCUGAUGGCUAAUUUUUAUCGUGUAUAAUAUUAUAUUAAAUGAUUUACGAACUAUCACUUUCA